AUGAAACAUCUGGAUGAAAUUCGCUUAAUCCUUAACAAUAACGCCCUUGACAUUCUUGCAAUUAAUGAGUCCAAAAUUGAUAAUCAGAUUUCAAAUAAUGAGAUACAUAUUGAUGGUUUUAAUAUAAUUCGUAAAGAUCGAAAUAGGUUUGGUGGUGGUGUGGUUCUAUAUGUUCGCCAAAACAUAUCAUUCUCAGAUAGAAUAGAUCUAAUCCCUGAUGAACUUGAGAUGGUCUGCAUUGAAUUAAGUUUACCCUACAAUAAAUCACUGCUAAUAAGCACAUGGUAUAGACCACCAAAUUCUCUUAUGAAUAAAUUUGAUUACUGGGCAAGCUUUUUAGCAAAAUGUGAUAAUGAAGAUAAGGAGCUAAUCCUCAUAGGAGAUCUAAAUUGUGAUGUCAGUAAAACUAUACCUGACCCUCACACAUGUAAGUUGCAAUUUUUAUGUUCUCUGUAUCAGAUAGACCAACUUAUUAAAGAAUCUACAAGGCUAACUCCUAAAUCAGCUACACUAAUUGAUUUAAUAUUAACAAAUAGACCAGAAAAUAUUUCCAGAUCAGGUGUCAUUCACCUGGGAAUUUCAGAUCACAGCCUUGUCUACGCUGUGAGAAAAUUUACACUACCGAAUGGAAGGCAAAAAAUUCGUCAGGUUCGUAACUUUAAAAACUUUGUCGAAAAUGAUUUCAUUCGGGAUGUGUCUCAAUUGCCUUGGGAGAUGGUCUAUCAGUUUGGAGAUCCCAAUUUAUGUUGGCAAGUCUGGAAAUCACUAUUAUUAGAUGCACUUAAUAGACAUGCCCCUCUGCGCCACAAGCGAAUAAGGAAUAACCCUGUCCCAUGGAUUAAUCCUCAAAUUAAAGAACUUAUGAGAAAAAGGGACUAUCACAAAAAAAAGGCCAUAAAAUAUGAUUCGGAGUCACAGUGGGAAUUGUAUAAAACACUACGUAAUGAAGUAAAUAUAAACAUGCGGAAAGCAAAAUCUAAGUACUUUUGUGAUAAAAUCCAGGCAAGCUCUCAAAUGGGAGACAGUAAAAGUGGAUGGGCUUGGAUAAAUUCGCUCUUAGGAAGAAAGCAUAAGAAUGCAAAUAUUAAUGAACUGAAAGUAAAUGAUGAUAUUAUUUCUGAUGAUAAAUCUAUUACUGAAACAUUAAAUGAAUAUUUUAUAAAUAUUGGAAUGAAGAUGGCUGCUGAAUCAGCAUGUCAAAGCACUGAUGCUUUAAAUGAUCAAGUAAUUUAUGAAAGUACUGUGCUUCUUCCUAAAGAAAAUUUUCACUUCGCAGAUAUUACUAUAGAUAGUGUUUCCAAACGCCUACAAAAACUAAAUGUCUCAAAAGCGACAGGUAUGGAUGGAAUACCUGCGAAUAUUUUAAAACUGACAUCAACCCUUAUUGCUCCAUCUAUAACUUUUAUAUUUAACCUAUCGAUUAGAACUGGUAUUUAUAUAGAUGAGUGGAAAUUGGCUAGAGUUAUACCAAUUUACAAAUCUGAGGAUAAGCGUAAAUGCGAAAAUUAUAGACCAAUUUCAAUUCUUCCCAUAAUAAGUAAAAUAUUUGAAGGGGAAGUUUUUACUCAAAUAUAUAGCUUUUUGAAUAAACAUGCGCUUCUGUCUAAAUUUCAAUCCGGGUUUAGACCAAAACAUGGAACCUUAGGUGCUCUUAUACAAAUGUGUGAUCAAUGGCUACAAGACAUGGAUGAAGGCAAAAUAAAUGGAGUUGUUUUUCUUGAUAUAUGUAAAGCAUUUGACUCGGUGAAUCACGAGAUAUUAUUGGAGAAGCUUAAAACCCAGUUUGGAAUUCACGACAUUGAAUUAAAAUGGUUCCAAUCAUACUUAAGGAAUAGAAAGCAAGUGUGUUCUGUUAAUGAUCAAACUUCUUCUGCAAGAACAAUAAUAUGCGGAAUUCCGCAAGGAUCCAUACUUGGUCCAUUAUUGUUUUUGCUAUAUAUUAAUGAUAUGCCUGAUAUUUUAGAAAGGACAACCCCAUGUCUUUAUGCCGACGACACUCAGAUAUCUUCCUCUUCGCAUGAUUACGAUACAUUGAUUGACAAUUUGAAUAUGGACCUUUCCAGUAUUCAUAAAUGGCUUGCUAAAAACAAACUAAAAUAUCAUAGGAAAAAAACAAAAGUCAUGUUUAUUGGAUCUACGCAUAAUCUAAAUCAUAAAAUAGGAAAUAGACCCGUUGAGAUUAACAAAAUCCCAGUCCCACAAACCAAUACAUUUAAAUGUCUAGGUGUAAAUCUAGAUGAAAAAUUAAGUUGGGAGAAACAUAUUGAUUCUGUAUGCCAUAAGAUUAGCGCUGGAAUAGGAGCAAUUAAAAGAAUAAAACCUUAUGUUCCACACAAAACCUUACAUGAUGUCUACAAAACAUUAAUUCAGCCUCAUUUUGAUUACUGUUCUCCCCUGUGGGAUAACUGUGGUUUGGGACUUCAAGACAAAUUGCAAAAAUUCCAAAAUCGAGCAGCAAGGGUGAUUACCGGAGCUGACUACGAUGUAAGAUCGUCUGAAGUCCUAAACAAAUUAGGCUGGGAAACCCUGGCUAGGAGACGAGAACAAAACAAGCUAGUAUUGAUGUAUAAAGUCUUGGGGAACCACACUGCGCCAAACCUUAAAGAUCUUUUUUCUCGGAGAAAUGCAUCGCAGAAUAUUUAUGAUUUACGCAAUAGCGAAACUGAUCUCUCGUUAAAAAAACCGAAAACGGAAUUUCUAAAGAAAACAUUUGGAUACAGUGGAGCAAUUCUAUGGAAUAGUCUCCCGCAAGAUGUCAAGGCGGCUGAGUCAAUUACGUCAUUUAAAACAAUGGCGAAAUUGCAUUUAAGCAGAUGAUAAGCUAAUUUCUCCAGGACCAAAUGAUGGGAGGACAAUAUAGAUUGUGGGCGGGAGGGGGGUUAGUUUUGCGUGAGGGUGGGUGGGUACUUGUUUAGGGGGUGGAGGUUUGGGAGGAAGAUGAUAAAAUUUUAGGGUGGGAUUCUUACAUAUUUUGUUCUAUAUAUAAUUAACAUUUAGCUCUUUGUGUGUAUACGCCCUUCGUGGAAACCAGUUGUAAAUAAUUGUCGAAGUUAGCGUAUUGAAAUAAAGUUUUACAUUACAUUACAUUACACAUGGAUAGUUUCAAUGAAGAUCUAAAAGUACUAGAUUUAAAUGAUGAUUAUGAUCUCUCAGUCCUUAUUGAUAAAUAUGAAAAUACGUUGAAAGAAACAUUACAGCAGCAUGCUCCACAAAAACGACGAAUUAUAACUCUUCGUCAUUUACCACCAUGGUACAAUGAGGAGAUUGGUCAAGAAAAAAAUAAAUCGCAGGAAGCUAGAGCGCCGCUGGCGCGCAUCUGGAUUAUGUAUUGA